GUAUAUAAACUCUUAGAUUCCUGAGAAGACUGAGAAAGAGAGCGUAGAAAGGAAAACGAAAAAACAGAGUACCCGACAGAAUUUGAAAACAAAGGCUGAAAUUUGAAGAAACAGAGAUCGCCACUGGGUGUGAAAUAUAUGGCAGAGGUUGUUUUGUUAGUCGAUGAUUUGAAACUGCUUUCUGGGAUUCCUCGCUGUAGAAUUUGUCAUGAAGAGGAGUUUGAAAGCAUAGAAACCUUGGAAGCACCUUGUGCUUGUUCUGGAACCGUUAAGUUUGCUCAUAGAGAUUGCAUACAAAGAUGGUGCAACGAGAAAGGAAAUACAACCUGUGAAAUAUGUCUCCAGCAAUAUGAACCCGGAUAUUCAGCUCCACCCAAGAAGUCUAAGAUAAAUGAUGAAGCAAUGUCUAUUAGGGAGGAAGAAGAAGAGUCAAACGAAAGAACAGAGAUAACGGUUGAAGGAGUUGCGGUGGAAAGCGAUUACUCGGAAUGCAGUUCAGGCGGUGACAGAAGCGCGUCUUGCUGUCGAUCACUUGCAAUAGCUUUUACAAUUGUCUUGCUAGUAAGACAUUUUUUCGCAGUGCUUUCAAAUGGAACGCAAGAUUACCCAUUUACACUACUUACUGUAAUUAUAUUAAAGGCUACCGGAAUUAUUAUACCUAUGUACAUAGUUAUUAAGAUUGUUGGAGCCAUUCAGAACAGUAGUGAGCACUAUCAGGAUUCUGACGAUGAAGAUGAGAUACGGCAUAAUGUAAAUUUAAGACAUUCAUAGAUUAUUUGUUUACUGUAUAAGAAGAGCAUUAUGUGAUGCUCGUCAAAUAACAUUUUGCGCCA